AAUAAGGUGGGUAUCAAUUUGUUAUGGUGGCGGAGGGAGAGGAGGAGGAGUUCCCCCUGUGAGUGCCGAAGCCCUAUGCUCUGCAUUCCGGCGGAGCGCACAGGCACACACCGGCCGCAGCCCAGUCCCGGGCCGAAAGACUUGUUGUAGUAACUAAAGUGAAGACGGGAGGAAAAAGUUUCCCCGUGUGUUUUCUACACUUUUUCCUCUCUGUUCGUGUUGUCGAUAAGUAACUCUGAUCGUGGAAUGGUUUACGUUUCCUCUGAGGGCUGUCUGAAGCGUGAGAGAAAGUGGUUUAUCUCCGCUUUUUAAGGUACAAGCCUUAAAUUAUCCCAAGGCUGUAACUCCAGACUGUUGCUGCACCAUGGUGAUCAUGACAGAGAACAGCCAGGGGGUUCAGUCCAGACCUGCCCAGGGAAGGCCCUUGCAGGUCGGCUUCUAUGAGAUCAUCCGCACCCUGGGGAAGGGUAACUUCGCGGUUGUAAAAUUGGCCAAGCACAAAGUCACCAAAACACAGGUGGCCAUUAAGAUCAUCGAUAAAACCAGGCUGAAUCCCUCCAACCUGGAGAAAAUUUACAGAGAGGUGCAGAUUAUGAAGCUGCUGAACCACCCCCACAUCAUCAAACUCUACCAGGUCAUGGAGACCAAAGACAUGCUGUACAUUGUGACAGAGUAUGCAAAGAACGGAGAAAUGUUUGACCACCUGACCUCAAAUGGCCGAAUGAGUGAAAAUGAGGCACGAAAGAAGUUUUGGCAAAUUCUUACAGCCGUGGACUACUGCCAUCGACACCACAUCGUUCACCGUGACCUAAAAACCGAGAACCUAUUGCUGGAUGGCAAUAUGAAUAUCAAACUGGCUGACUUUGGUUUUGGAAACUUCUACAAUGCAGGGGAGCCUCUGUCUACAUGGUGUGGCAGCCCCCCUUAUGCUGCCCCUGAAGUGUUUGAAGGGAAGGAGUAUGAGGGGCCUCAGCUGGACAUUUGGAGCCUUGGUGUGGUGCUUUAUGUUCUUGUCUGCGGCUCUCUUCCUUUUGAUGGACCCAGCCUUCCUGCUCUGAGACAGAGAGUGACUGAAGGACGAUUCAGAAUCCCUUUCUUCAUGUCUCAAGACUGUGAAAACCUGAUCCGUAAGAUGCUGGUAGUAGACCCAGCAAGGAGGAUCAGCGUGGCCCAGAUCAAGCAGCAUCGCUGGAUGCUGGCGGACCCAACAGCUGCCCGUCAGACCCUAAGCCAUUCCCUGACAGAAUACAACUCAAACCUGGGGGACUACAGUGAACCUGUGCUGGGCAUCAUGAACACACUGGGUAUCGACCGCCAGAGAACUAUUGAGUCUCUGCAGAGCAGCAGCUACAAUCACUUCUCUGCUAUUUACUACCUGCUGCUGGAGAGAGUGAGAGAGCAUCGCACCCAGCAGCUGAGCCGCCAGUGUGGGACCUGGACUCAGAGACCCAGAAGCACCUCCGACUCCACCUGCCCAGAGGUGCUCAUGGAGUCUACGGACGGCUUUAGAGCAACAGCACUUUCAAUUCCGGCCAAAAGCACUCCUCCAGUGUACUCAGAGAAGGAGCAUGAUCAAGGUGGACUGUUCCAGCGUGUGGUGUUUCCAGUGGAGGCCAGCCUGAACAGACUGCUCUGGAACCGCUCCAUUUCACCCAACAGCCUGCUGGAGACGAGCAUCAGCGAAGAGGUGCGACCCAGGGACCUGGAAGAGGAGGAGGCAACACAAACUCUCGGGCCCCUGCUCCCACCCACCACCACUUCCCGCAGACACACUCUGGCUGAGGUGUCGGCCCGUUUCCACCAGUGCAGCCCUCCAUGUAUUGUGGUCAGUCCCUCAGACGGUGCCUGUUCUGACAGCUGUCUGAAGUCCUCAUCCAGUCCAGCCCCCACUUUGCAAGCUGCUAUGGGUGAGAUGUCAACACUUUUGGCCUCAGGGGCUGAAGGUGGACCUCUGCUGCCUGCCGGAGCUCCCCUGGCCCUCUCCUCCCACCUCCUGCCCCAGACCCAGAGCAGCCUGCCUGCCAGCUUCCAGGAGGGUCGCAGAGCCUCUGACACCUCCCUCACUCAAGGCCUCAAAGCUUUCCGCCAGCAGUUGAGGAAAAACACACGCACUAAAGGGCUUCUGGGAUUAAAUAAGAUCAAGGGUCUGACGAGGCAAGUUGUUCCUCCACCCUCCUGUAACCGCGGCAGUCGUGGGUCACUGGGUCCAGCCCUCUCUGAGCAUCGCAGCAUGCUGGAGGAGGUACUGCACCAGCAAAGGAUGCUACAGAUCCAGCACCAACCCCAGCCUCAGGUCCAAGCCCCUCAGGCGGGACCUACGCAGAAUCCCCUGCUCUUACUGGCCCAGCAUCAGUCACCCUCUCCUCCGCCUACUACAGUGUUCACUUCCUCCUCCAUGUUUGACACCCCCUCCACCCUGCCUCCUCAGCAAACUUCAGUAUGUCUACAGCACAGCCCCUGGCAUCAAACCCUUGAAAGUUCUUCCUCUGGCUGCUCCUCAUCUUCUUCAUCCUGCUACUCCUCUUCUCUGUCCCCCGUGGCUUCCGCUGCUUACCUUCUUGAGGCUCGUCUGCACAUCAGCCAGCAAACCCACCCUCACCCCCACACCGGCCUCCAACAACUGCCCCAGUCAGCAACACAAGGCACCUUCCCCAUCAUGUCCAAACCCGCGGUGUGGAGCAUGGGCACCGUCUCCAGCACAGAUCCAGACUUGCAGGAGUUGGGCCUGGCUGCACAGCAGCAGCAGCUCAGUAGCUGUGUGAUGGUGAAGUAAUACAUCAUUAAGACCAGUGAUUGUUCUCUCUGUGGAAGAGGUUCGAAUCUCGACUUGAUUUUGAGGCGUGAAAAAAAGAGAGUAGAUGUGAAGUAGAAAGAACAAAAGCAGACACAAGCGACAAAUGUACACUUUAUUUAAGAAGAAGCGGUACACAAGAGAGACACACAAAAGUGUGUAUGUUGUGUUUGCUGUUGAUAUCAUAUAAGCUAAAGACUAAGCAAUAACCAAACUCUGGACACGGUGUUAAAAGUUGUAUCAGACAGCCAGAAAAGCAAUAAUACUCCUCCAGCUCCUUGAUGGACUCACUUGAAUGAAAGGAAAGUUGACGUCAGCUGAUACAGUUAAUGUCUCACAUGUUCUGAUGCUGUUUGCAUACGGGAAGGCUUGUCCUCAUUCUUUUUUUUGUGUCAAUUCCUGUUCUCGAUGUUUUUCACUUGACUGGACAGAAGACCAAAAUUUGUUCUGUUUUUUUGGGUUUUUUUGUGUCCCCACUUUGUUCGCCUUUCUAAAGAGACAGUUCUCUGUAGCAGUGCGAUGGACAUGCAGAAUAGUGCCCUAAGCUUACGAACACUCACUGAAGGGGUUGAUUUUGACUUGUAUUGAAACUGUGAUUUUAUUUUUCUGUGCAAGAAUAUUCUAGCUAAGCAAAUGCUGCUUUUACCUCAAGCUGCAAAAAGACUGCUACAUCCUCAUCAGCCAAAACUGAAGGAAGAUCCCGUAUCGCUGACUGAGUAAAGCACAACUGGUACUUCGGUCAGCUUGGUAGCACCUUACAUAUGUGGACACAUCGAUCUGUAUUCCAUUUGUUUGAUAAGCAAAUUCUUGUUAGCUUUUACAGGAAUUUGGCAGAGUAUCUGAGGAAUGACGUUAUUCAUAAGGACAGAACAAAAACUGUGGGAACAGUGCAAUAUUUCACAUUGAAAUACAAAGGAAAGAUGAGGCUCAACAUAGGAUGAUCAAAAUGUAAAUGCAUAUUUGCCUGUUUUUUUUUUUUGUUUUGUUUGUUUGUUUUGUUUUGUUUUCAUUUUGCCUGAUUGCUGUGCUAGCUAGCUGACAAGGACAGGUACUAGUUAUGUAACAUGAUAACAUUAUACUGUAGAAACUGAGAUGAAAGAGUCACGGCAUUUCAGAAUGCUGUUUCUUCACACAGCAUGCUUGUAGUUCUUUAACUGAACGGAAGGAAUUUGGGUUUUACCAAAGAGUGAACAGCACAAGAGAUGGGUGAUCUAUCACAGACACACUACUGACUUUUCACAUUGAAUGCUGUCCCGAAAUGUAGCAUGGUGGCUAACUAGCAUUUUCACAUGACCUCCUUAGCUUUUUUUCUGUAAGAAAAACCCUGCUGCCACCAAACCCUAAUGCUACAUGUGUUUUUGCUAUCUCUAGCUUUGACUGUCAGGGUCAUGGUGGUAUUCAUUUUUUGUACUUUUCUAGAAAAGAAGAAUAAGAAAAAAAAAAAAUCAAACAUAGCAAUACCAUGUUGUGCUGGAAGUUGAACUUUCUUCAGUUGUCCAUAAGUGGCUAGACUUAGGGAGAAAUGACCUGCAACAAGCUAAUUUAUUUGUACAGUCAGUUCAGACAACAUAGAGAGCUGCAAGAGAUGUGUACUAUUGUGAGCUUAGCUAAUUCUCUCAUGUAUGUGAAACAUCUUGUGGAAGAGCGGUGUUUUCUCAAGCCCAGUUCUACAUUGGAAACAUGCAGUGUUAAUAUUUCUGUCCAAUAAUUGUUGGUUGAUUGCACUCACUACCAACACUUGUGCCUUUAUCUGAACAAAUGAACGAUCAGAGGUCUCCAUGUCUGAUGGCUCCACUGAAGGAAGAAAGAAAGAUGAAUGGCUCAGUUGCUGGCCGUUCUCUCAGAAGCCCCUUUUGAUAUCUUCUCUGACCUCUCUCUCUUCUCUGAAUCUGACCUUUGAACUUGCUGAACUUGCUGUGUAAACAGAAGCAAGGAUUGCACUUUAUUCAUAUUUCUUAUUAGUGAUAUUUUUGUUUCUCAUGAAAAAAAAACAUCACAAACCUAUCGAAGCACUAAGACUCUUGAUGCAAAUCUGUAAGAUGACCCAUUUUUGAUAAACUUUGGAUAAUAA